CUUCAGCAUAAGUCCAGCCAGCAUCUGUAGCUAUAAUUACUAUAAUUACAUUAUUAGAAUAUAAUAAAAUGUUAUAUCAACAAUUAAAACAGAAAGCUAUAAAAUAUGCAAUACACAAUAGACAAUAUACAUACAUGUCAAUACAUAGCAUCUAGGAUAAUAUCCACUCGUAAACACACGAAGACUCUUACUCAUGCAUCAUCACCAUAGACUUCAAACACACGACAAAGGAAAUCCUAGAAGAGGAAACGUCCUCAAGGCCAUUGGCCGGCAAAGAAAACUUAACAAUCUUCACUCCCCUCACAACACUCCCCACCCAUACUUCAUAUAAAACCACCUCUCAUACAACAUCUCCACCACCCACACAGAGUUCAUGGCCCAGCAAAGCUAACUAAUCCAAAAAUUAGCACCAUACGGAGAGAGAAAUAGUAAUUGAUUGAAACUGUUACAAAAGCCUAUCUCCAAACAAGGAUAUGACAAUACAUGCAACACAUGACACUUAUUUCUGUAGAGGUAAGCCAAUGCACAAAUACAACCCAAAAAAUGACUUCUAAAAACAUAUGUAUGUACACAUAGACAUUAUCCACCACAUAAAUAAACACAACACUAAACAGGUAACACACAUGUAGACACCCCACCCCUUACACACACACACCCUAUACAGACAUACCCUACACAGACACAUCCCCCCCAACAUAGACAAACACACACCCCUACACACACACACCCUACACAGACACACACACACCUACACACACCCUACAAGUCCUUCACAGCCAGAAAGUUAGACUGAACAAUUGAUACCAACCUCCUUUGUUCAGAAUCAAAAAUAUAGAAAGACAAAAUUGCAUAAUUUUCUUUUCAUUUAUACUGCUGAACAAUAGUUUCAGGUCAUGUUGAGCAUCGCUGAGCUCUCAGCUCUCAAGUCAUAAAGAGGGCAGAAAAUAACACAUGUACUUCAUCCUCCAAGUUAUCUGUACAGAAGGGACAAUGGUGGGAUAUCUCAUAUUGUGCAGAUUUCUGUGGCAAUUGAUUUCUGAGACACCAACUCUAAAACGAGCAUAGAAAUGUGAAAUCCUCUAAUUGCCAUCUCUGACACAUGCUUGAACAUCUCUAUACAUACUUUUUAUUAUCCUCCACAAUUUACACUGUAUACCUAAUUUUGCUAGUUCCUGUAGUAAUAUUACUCGUUGCAGACUAUCAUAAGCUUUCUAAAAAUCUAUAAAUGCUACAAAUCCUCAUGUUCUGGAAUAAUUGUUUCUCUACUGCUGUAUAUAGGGUGAAAAUGUAAUCUUUAGUUUAACGGUUCCUGUUAAAAUAUGCUAGUGCUUCAUCUAUUAAUCAGGUUACUUUCUACCAUUGAGUUAAUUUUUUAUUUAGAAUGCAUGUGAAGAUUUUGCUUAAUGUAUUAGUAAGAAACACCUCUGGUUGGUAACCUGGUUGGUUGGAGUCACCCUUUAUGUAAAGUGGAAUAAUAAUAGAUUUAGUCCAUGCCUUGGGCCAAGAUCAUAAAUAGAGUUGAAAAUUUUGACAAUGAAAGAAGUAAUAACAAUGCUUUUAACAUUUUAUUGUACCUCUGGGCAAUCUACACCAGACCCCCCUGUCCCCCCUCUCGUCAGGCCUGUUCACUCUUCUGAUAAUAGUUUGAUCCCUUAAUUAGGGCUUAGGUGGUGAAAGAAAAGUAAGAGAAGAAAAGGUGGAAGGGAGAGAAGCGAGUUUUGAUGUUUACGCAGCAAGACCGUAUGUUCUCGGGGACAAAAAAUACUACUCGGGCAUUUAACACCCACACACACAUAUAUAUAUAUCCUUGUAUGUAUACACAACCACUCUCUCUCUCUGUCAUAUCUACACACGCACGCACUACACACAUUAUAUUGGGGCCUACAAUCUGUGUGUGCUGGUCAUUAAUUCCUUUUUCUUUUUUUACUCAUUAUACCGCCUCGUGAAAACACACGCACGCACACGCUCUCUCUCUCUCGCACACACGCACACAGAUUGGCGAGCAGAGAAAAUGUACACGUACUCAAAUACUCGUCUCGCGUGUCCGCGGCCCGUGUACGUCAAGUCUUUAGAGCAACGACAUUAACGGCAGUCGUGACCUUCUCUCGCUCCUUGUUUUCUUGUUCUCUUUGUGUCUGUGUGCAUGUGUGUGCGUGCGUGCACGUGGUGUAGUUAAGACCGAAAUCGACAACAGAAGAUAAAGGUCAUUAAUCGUCAAUCGUUUCGUCGAGUGACUGGCGUAGCUACAGUUCCUCAAUAGCGCCACUCUCCAUAGAGCUGUACCUGAGUCUAUGACAACUGGACACACCUACCGACAGGGGGGAGGGGAACAAGGGGGCAGCACAAUAUCCGUUUUCGAACUUGCCAGACAAACACUCCUUGACACACGACAGUUUGGCGGUAUAAGCAAUAGAGAGUUCUUUAUGGAUCACAGUUUCCUUCGGGUGCGUAUAUCCACCCGCGAUCGACAGGCAUAGUGAAAGGCGCGGGUUGCCGACAGCUACCCAGGGUCUCUCAGCAGACUGUUCACACGGAGCGCUCGUCAGGUGCAAGGUCGGCGGUUUUCAUCAGGGGUUGUUACCACGAAGACGGAAAAGACGAUGUCGUUGUUCAACGCCAGUCGGAUGUUGAGCACUACCUCACGAUCACCCUAGGAUUGUACAUGCUCUAAGACCGUUAGCCAUUUCCGGUUUUUUGCCAUCAGCCAUAUGGCGGUUCACCUGGUUCGUCCUGAUACGGGUGUCCAGUCAUUUUUGUGUCACCCCCUCACCCCCAGCAUUGCUCGAACUUCCGAUACUGUGCUUGUAGAACAACGUACCCGACCAUCGUUUGGGUAAAGAUGUGAGCGUCAGUGACAUAAGAGGAAGGUAGAACUGUGAGGAUUCAAACAGUCAAGGUUUCGAUAAAGGUAAACACAGAUACAAAUCUUUGUUCAGGUCUGGUGAUAGUAGUGAAGCAUUUGUCGACGAUAUACAGUUACAGAUAAUCCUGCUAACAGAUGUAUGUUGCCCAAACGGUAGAAUGUAAGAUUCGAUGACCAGACGUGGUCCAUGGAGGAUUUAUUGCUGUUCUUCCGUUUCUGUAGAGAGAAUAUCUGGGCAGCUGUAGUAAACCGACGAGCUGAACAGCUGCUGUAAGUAUACAGUGACAGCGAAAGAGAGACCAAAAACCUACAGUACAAAGAUAAGAACCUAAAAAAAAAAAAAAAACUCCAUUGCUAGAAUGAGCAGCGAAUCAGAAACAAGGAAUUCUGCUGACGCCCAGCCUCUGGCGCCCCCUGUGCCCCCGGCGAAUCCGCCCGUAUCGCUGGAAUCGGAGCGGCGCAAGGCAAUGAUGCUGGUGCACGGUGUGGAGAAGGACGUGCAUCGCUUCCGAGAGAUUUACCUCCAGAACUACCACAACCCCCUCAGCUCCGACAUCGAGGAAUUCCUGGUCUUCGUGGCGGAGAGGUCGGAGACGCGGCGGCCACCCAGGACGCAGGAAGACUUUGUGAGGUUGCUGGAGAGCGUACAGGACACUGCGCAGCUCGAGUUCCCAAACGAACUACAUCACGUGAGCGUUGCUAUGGAAAGGGUGCGAUGCUUUCACGACCUCAUGACCUCCGUCGAGAGCCGACUGAAGGCGGCGCUGGACAAUCACGUGGGGCGCUACUGCCACGCCUUUUCGGCGGAGGCGGAAGGUCACGACAUCCCGUGCGUGCUGGAAUACGAGAAUAGCAUUGUGAGCUGGCGGAGUGCUGUUGGUCAAGCCUUCGCCCUGCUGCAAGAUGUCAUAGCCAGUGUGGUGGAGGCCAGCAUCUCCUUCGAGAACCUGGUGCUGAACCACGAUAAGGUGCUGCAGGGUAUGCGGCGCGCGCUGGAGGUGCUGCAGCGCAUCUACGCGCCACUCAAAGACUGGGUGUCUGCCGACGAAGCUUACGUGCGCAAACUGCAGGACGAGGCCCACGGUCUCCUCCGGAGGAAGGUCGCCGUCUUGGAGAAGACACGCCGCCAGUCCAGCCAGGCUGACACCAUGAAAACUAAGGUGGCGCGUACCAACCACGAGACGGUCAAGCUCAAGGAGCGGGUGGACCAGGCGGAGGAUGAGUUUCACUCCACCAGGCGUCACGAGAUGGAGCUAGCGGACAGCGCUGCCCAGGUGGAGAUGGAGAUGGCCAACAAGCGGCAGGAGCUGCAGGGCCUCGAGCGCCAGUUCCUGACGCGACAGUUCAACUCAGAGGCACGCGACAGGCGCCUGAUGGCGCAAAGUGCUGCACUGCAUCAGGAGCUGGACACGCUGCGCAAGCGUCUGGACGCCACGCACAUGAAGGCGGAGCGAGCGCGCAGGCAGAGGCUGCUGGUUCAGAGGGAAGUGCACAAGCUUAAGACCUUGCACGAGCGCAGCAUUCAGGCCGUGCUGGUAGCCAGCGAUGAUGCGGAAUUCAAGUCCCAUGAUGUGCAUGAGCUUCAGGAGGCGGUCAGAGUCAUCAGCCAGAAGCUGACCGCCGUGCGCAGGAUACAUGCCCUGAAGACCCGCCCAGACAUUUUGAGGAGGCUGUACAGGGAGGGGUAUACACCUGGCCGCCAGCUGACCAUCAUAGAUCCGCUUGAGGAAGCAUUUAGUGUGGCUGCUGCUGACAUUGGCAGAGACUGGGAAUGCCUCUACAAUAACCUUCCCUUCAUCCCUUACCGUGACCUUGUGACCCGUAGCCAUGAUAUCAGAGCCAUCAUGAUGGACUCACAGAGAAGGUACAUGGGACUUCGUGGUGCAGCGCAGCGCAGCCUGGCCAAGUGGAGGCAUCUGAGUCGUGCAGCCUCGGUGGACCAACUAGUGCACACCCUGAGGACGAUCAAUAAACAGGCUGUGGCCAGCAGGAUAGAGAGGCGUGUCAGCUCGAUUAGUGUCUGAUGCUUUAGCUUUCUAGGCUGUCUGAUGCUGGUCAUAGUUUCUAGUAAGAAAUGGAAACAAGAAACUUUAGCUCCAAAUGUGUGUAAGAGUGAUAACAUGAAGGUCUGUUGUUAUUUCUUGUAAAUUGAAAUACAUGCCAUUCAGGUUCAUGGUGAGAAUUACUACAUGAUUACAUGAUACAAGGAGAAUCAUAUUUACCUUGCCA